CUGCAACUGCUGCCGCCUUGGUCGAAACUCCUCAGGACGUGAGGGCUGAACACGCGGAUGGACUCGAGUGAUUCUGUAUAAUAGUCUUCGAGUGCCUGUUAAGAUAUUAGUGUUUAUUCUUGAGAUCGAUUUGCAACCAUGCCGGCGUACUUUCAGAGACCCGAAAACGCUCUGAAAAGAGCUAAUGAAUUUUUGGAAGUGGGAAAGAAGCAACCAGCCUUGGAUGUACUGUAUGAUGUCAUUAAGAGCAAAAAGCACCGAACAUGGCAGAAGAUCCACGAGCCAAUCAUGCUCAAAUAUCUGGAGCUCUGUGUGGACCUUAGGAAGAGUCACCUGGCUAAGGAGGGGCUGUACCAGUACAAGAACAUCUGUCAGCAGGUGAACAUCAAGUCUCUUGAAGAUGUGGUCCGGGCUUACUUGAAGUUGGCUGAAGAAAAGACGGAGACGGCCAAGGAGGAGUCUCAGCAGAUGGUCUUGGACAUUGAGGAUUUAGACAAUAUUCAGACUCCUGAAAGUGUAUUGCUGAGUGCUGUGAGCGGAGAGGAUACACAGGAUCGUACCGACCGACUCUUACUCACCCCUUGGGUCAAGUUUCUUUGGGAGUCUUACCGUCAGUGCUUGGACCUACUGCGGAAUAACUCCAAAGUGGAACGCCUCUACCAUGAUAUUGCCCAGCAAGCUUUCAAGUUUUGCCUUCAGUACACUCGGAAGGCAGAAUUUCGCAAGCUCUGUGACAAUCUGCGCAUGCAUUUGGGCCAAAUUCAAAGACACCACAACCAGAGCACUGCCAUCAAUUUGAACAAUCCUGAAAGCCAGUCAAUGCACCUGGAGACGCGUUUGGUUCAACUGGACAGUGCCAUUAGCAUGGAACUCUGGCAGGAAGCCUUUAAGGCUGUAGAAGAUAUCCAUGGCCUUUUUGCCCUGUCUAAAAAGCCCCCUAAGCCUCAACUCAUGGCCAACUACUAUAACAAGGUGUCCACUGUAUUCUGGAAAUCUGGCAACGCGCUUUUUCAUGCCAGCACUUUGCACCGUCUGUAUCAUCUUUCAAGGGAGAUGCGCAAGAACCUCACACAGGAUGAGAUGCAAAGAAUGUCUACCAGAGUUCUCCUGGCCACCCUGUCUAUUCCCAUUACACCUGAGAGGACUGAUAUUGCACGAUUGCUGGAUAUGGAUGGAAUUAUAGUGGAGAAACACAGACGACUUGCCACACUUUUAGGCCUCCAGUCCCCUCCCACCCGCCAGAGUCUCAUCAACGACAUGGUGAGGUUUAAUCUUCUGCAGUAUAUCGUACCAGAAGUCAAAGAGCUGUACAACUGGCUAGAAGUGGACUUCCAUCCACUGAAACUUUGUGGAAGGGUAACUAAGGUGUUAAACUGGAUAAAGGACCAAGCAGAGAAAGAGUGUGAUCUUCAACAGUAUGUACCCCACCUACAGAGCAAUACCAUCCUUAGACUUUUACAACAGGUUGCUCAGAUCUACCAGAGCAUCGAGUUCAAUCGUCUUGCCUCUCUUGUGCCAUUUGUGGAUGCCUUUCAGCUAGAGCGUUCAAUUGUGGACGCUGCUAGACACUGCGAUCUACAGGUGCGCAUUGAUCACACCUCUCGUACUCUAAGUUUUGGGUCGGAUCUGAACUAUUCCACAAAAGAAGAUGCGCCUGUUGGCCCCUUCCUCCAGAACAUGCCCUCAGAGCAGAUUAGGAAUCAGCUCACUGCUAUGUCUUCCUCUCUUGCUAAGGCUAUCCAAGUCAUCAGGCCAGCCUCCAUACUGCAAGAACGAGAGGAGCAGAGUCAACAAGCCAUUGCAGCUUAUCUGAAGAAUGGUCGCAAAGAGCACCAGCGCAUCCUGGCCCGCAGGCAAACCAUUGAGGAGCGCAAGGAGCGUUUAGAGAGUCUCAACAUUCAGCGUGAGAAGGAGGAGCUUGAGCAACGGGAGGCUGAAAUGCAAAAGGUGCGCAAAGCAGAAGAAGAGCGUCUACGGUUGGAGGCCAAAGAACGGGAGAAGGAGCGCAUAAUGCAGGAGCAUGAGCAGAUCAAGAAGAAGACUGUACGAGAACGCCUGGAACAAAUCAAGAAGACUGAACUGGGGGCCAAGGCCUUUAAAGACAUUGACAUCGAGGACCUGGAGGAACUGGACCCAGACUUCAUUAUGGCCAAGCAGGUGGAACAGUUGGAGAAGGAGAAGAAGGAACUUCAAGAGCGCCUUAAAAACCAAGAGAAAAAAAUUGACUAUUUUGAGAGAGCUAAAAGGUUGGAGGAGAUUCCCCUGAUCAAAAAGGCUUAUGAGGAACAGCGUGUCAAAGACAUGGAACUCUGGGAGCUACAGGAGGAUGAGAGGAUCAGCAACAUGAAGAUUGAGCGGGAAAAGGCCCUGGAGCACAAGCAGAGGAUGUCUAGGAUGCUGGAAGACAAGGAGAACUUUGUUUCUAAGAUCACAGCUGCUCGAAGUUUCAUCUAUGAGGAGAAACUUAAACAGUUCCAACAGCGUCUGGUUGAGGAGCGAAAGAAGCGCCUUGAGGAAAGAAAAAAACAGCGCAAAGAGGACCGACGCAAUGCCUACUACCGUCAAAAAGAAGAGGAGGCCCAGAGAAUUCACGAGGAGCAACUAAAGAAAGAACGCGAGGAGCGUGAGCGUGUGGAGCAAGAGCAGAGAGAGGAGGAGGAGAGGGAGUACCAGGAACGCUUACGGAAGCUUGAGGAACAGGAGAGAAAACAGCGAGCCCGCCAACAGGAGAUAGAGGAACGCGAGCGUCGCAAGGAAGAGGAAAGGAAAAUGCCUGAGGAGAAAAGCACCAAGGACUGGGCAGAGAGAGAAGAGGGUGGUGGUAGUGGUGGUGGUGGUGGUGGUAGUGGUGGUGGUGGAGGAGGAGGAGGAGGAUGGCGGAAACGUGGUGAACCAGGAGAGUCAGAAUGGCGCCGGCCUGUACCUGAUCGUGAAUGGAGACAGGAAGGCCGUGAUGACACUGAGGAGCGUGAACAAGAGCCAGCUGUCAAGAGACCAGGCGAUGGACCCCGUCGCAUGGGCUCAGAUGAUCGUCCUCUCCGUCGUGGCUUUGAUGAGGAUAGAGGCCCUCGUCGUGGCAUUGACGAAGACCGUGGACCUCGAAGGGGCCUAGAUGAAGAUCGUGGACCCAGGAGGGCCUUUGAUGAUGAUCGUAGUCACAGGAGGGGAGAUGAUGACCGUGGUCCUAGACGUGGCUUAGACGAUGAACGAAGCCUUCGCAGGGGGAUGGAUGAUGAGCGAGGGCCACGCCGGGGCUUUGAGGAUGACCGCGGUCCUCGUAGAGUUCUGGAUGAGCCCAGGGGCCCCAGGCGUGGGGCUGAUGAUGACUGGGGUUCAAGACGGGGUGGCGAUGAUGAAAGGGGAGGCCGCAGAGGCAUGGAAGAUGCCGGGCCACGUCGUGGUGAUGAUCUCAAGCCAUGGAAACCUGCAGGCAGACCAGGUGGGUGGAGAGAGAGAGAAAAGGCCCGUGAAGACAGUUGGGCACCCCCUCGGGGUGAAGCUGGUAAUGAUGAAGAGGAGCCUGAUCUGGAAGAACGCCAGGAGACUGAGCGUAAUAGAGAGCGUCGACCACCACCCAGGGAAGAAGGUGGAGUUUGGAGACGUGGAGGUGCCACUGAGGAAACCAGCAGCUGGAGAGAUUCUCGCCGUGAAGAUCGCGAGGAGCGUCAAGAGCGUCAAGAUCGUCGUGAUGUCAGAGAGCCAAGGGAUGAGCGUGAAAACAGAGGCCCUCAAAGAGACAAUGAAGAAGGUGGCUCCUGGAGAAGAGGUGGAGAAGAGAAACCCGAGGAGGGUGAGGCUCAAGCCAGACCACGAGAGCGUGAGCGUGAUGUGGAAAAGAGCACUUGGCGAUCAGACAAGGAGAAGGACAACCAGCGUCGUACUAAGAAUGAGAUCGAUGAUGAUGGAUGGACCACAGUUCGUCGUUAGGCCAACACCACCACUGUUGCUUACCAUCCUUAGUGUGACUUCAGUGUCGGGAGUGUUCUUCAAUCUUCAAUCUUUCGCUGCUGUGGCUGUGGCACUCAUUUACUAAUUAACAGUAUAGAUUUGCUUAACCCUGUGCAUGGAAACUUAAUGUACUAGCUUCUUUUCCAGAAAGGUUUUUAUGCAGCUUAGUGUUGAAUUUAAAUCAUUCCUAUCUUGUGCAUGUUUAAAGUAUUAAAUUGCUCUCGUUCAGUAUACCGUUUGUGAUGCAUUUAAUUUGGGAGUAAUGCAUUUUGAAAUGAAAUAAGAGAAUAACCCAUACCAAGUUGUUCUUGAUUGACUACAGAAAUAUUGUUUCAAGAUCCUUCCUUUAGAUAUUUCCUCUAAUUUCUAGCUCGCUGCCCUUGCAAUUGCCUAUCCUGUUGCAUUUUAAAGGGGGGAAAAUAAACUCAUUGAAGUCUA